GCUUUUGGUUGAGAAAAGAAAACAAGUGUAGCAAAGCACACUCGCACACAAGGAAGGAAUACCAGCAUAUGCAUGUGCCACCAGUCAUGCCCGUGUAUGACUUCAACUUACUAGUUUCAUCGAUCGUGACCCUCAUCUAGCCAGCUAAGUUCUGUAAGCUCGCCAAGAUUGAAUUCGACGCGCUUGGAAAGCAAGAUCGAGCCAUGGGUUAGAGUUUUCAAGUCUGUCGACAUGGAUCUUGGCCCUGGAGAUUAAUUGAUCCAGCAACCAAUUUGUCAUCAUGGCUCCACAGGAGAUUGAGAUUCAGGCAAGAAACAUUGAUGCUGCAGCAGGAGAGAUAAUUGAUGUUCUGGAGGAUACAAACCAAGGAAAUAUGAUCUACUUCAGGGGCUGGGGUGGAUUGGGAGCAUCCGCUGUUCUCAAUCUGGUAGCCCAACGCCUGAAAUCAUCCAAAAGACCGAACAAGUUUGACAAGAUUAUCCAUGUGGAUUGCUCUGUGUGGAAAAGCAUGAGGGCUCUGCAGAAGACGAUUGCGGAGGAGCUACAGCUUCCGCACUCAGUGAUGGCUAUCUUUGAUCAGUGCAACGAGGAUGAUGAUUUCAAUGGGACGGAUCAAGGGUCCAGAGGGGUGAUAUCACAUAUCAGAAGGGAAAUAUUCAGAAAGCUUGUUAACAAUACAUUUGUGGUGGUGUUUCACAAUGGGAGCAGAAGAUACAUUGAUUUGUAUGAGUGUGGUGUCCCAGUAAUAUCACUUAUGAGUAACAAGGUGCUGUGGACCUGGCACGGGAGGUUUCGGCUCGGACUGGAACUAGAAGACGGAGAACAGGAAAAGAUGAAGAUGCAGACAGAUGUUGAUCUCCGUACUUCUCUUGGUUCUGAAUUUACGGAUAAAGAGCUGCGGAGGGGUCUAAUGCGUGAAGAGGCCGAGGAGGUUGCCAAAUGCACAGGGAUUGUUGAUCCUGACUACAUGGACCAAAAUGUAGUCAAGCAGUGCUUCUGGUACGCAUUUGUAGUAAAAGGCUUGGCUUCUUUUAGUGGCAUUGACUUGGGUACCCAUGUAUCCAGCUAUUGGAUCUGCGAUGGGAUACUACAAGGCCAAGGCGAUACAUCAGCAUGGGAGAUUGGCGAUCGUCUGCAUAGAAACAUGUUGUUGGUCACUUGGGAUGAGAUAAUUGAUAACUUAACGGACGAACUUUAUCCUGAUACUGCUGACUUUGAAGAUAAGCGCUGGGAAUUCACCACACACAAAGAACUGCUGCAGGAUCAUGCUCGUGUGCUGCCUCCGGAGGCAACAUCCUUCUUCCUUUAUGCAGAAGAAUCACCAAUAAAUACAGUACCAGUAUUAUUGCCAGUUAGCCUGUUCCAACAUUCACAAAGCAGCAAGCUGCGUGUGUUGCAUCUGUCCUGUUGCAGCUUCAGUUUUACAUCUCCUCCCUUCCUCGGUUGCAGCCAACUAAGAUUGCUACAUCUCGACCAUUGCACAGACAUGACAGUUCAGGAGCAUCCAAGCAACGAAAACAUAUUAUGUUUCCACAAGCUAUGGGUGCUGAGCCUGACGCACACAGAAUGGUACUGGCUGUUAUCAGAGAAAAUGAAGAGAUCAAUGGUUGACCUAAGGGAGUUGAAUGUGGAGGGAGUCAAGUACGGGAGCGUAAGUGAUUUGUGUCGUGGUAGCCUUAGCCUUGUCAUGCUCCGAGUAACGGAGGACCAAGACACAACUAAUCAAGAACCCCCCAAUAUGUCCAAUGCAAACAAUGUUGUGACAUCUAACUUGGACAACGAAGUUCUGUCUCCAUCUCUUGAGUCAUUUAGCUUCAUUCAGAAAGCUCAAACUGCUGCCAAGAUAUCUAGCAUCUCCUUCCGGGGUUGUUCUCGGUUGAAGAAUAUACUACUCAGAGGAUAUUUGGGAAGCCUCGAGGAGCUUGACCUCUCGGGCACAACAGUUAAAACCCUCGACCUCAGAGAAGUGGAAGCUCCAAACCUCAAGCGUCUCAUCCUGCUGGGCUGCGAGAAGCUGUGUGCAAUAUUAUGGCCACCAGAAAACAAAAAGACACGUGUUUUGAAAGUGCUGCACAUCAACACCAUACAAUCUGCAUCACCUAGUGAACCUAAUCGUGAAGAGAGUACCAAGGAGGCUAGUGCUGUUACAAGAUCAUUAUCUAUCCAUAAUGUUGCUACUACACAACAAGGCAUCGGUCAAACAGCACCCUUUGACUUUAAUUGGUACAUCUCUGUAAGGGAUGUAAGGCUCCUCAGGUCAAUUGUGCCACUGGAAAACUAUGUCAGGCCAGUCUUUGUAUAUAUGGAAAUGGAUUCACCUCCUACAAGUAGUAUUUCUGGUGGUGGUAGCAAAGUUGCUCAAGGAAUCGGUAGCCUGAAACAGCCUGAUAAAUAUUUAUAUGCAAGUGAUGCCAUCUUUCGAGGCCACCUCGAGGCCGGUGCUGGUAAUGAAGGUGCAAUCAGCUGGAUGUGGGCUUGCCCAACUAGCCCGACUCCAACAGGCCAAGACUGGUAUGUUCACAUGCAAGAUGAAGUGGAGAUGAAGAGCAGAUUAUUACAGCAGCCAGGCCCAGGAAGCACCGAAGAAACUAUUAGUAGUACUGCCUUGAUCCCUGCUUUCAUAUGCGAUAGUGCUCGGAUGAUGCACGUGUAUGACAGCUUUGCCAUCACUUGCAUCCCUUGCAAACAUAGUUCGGAUUGGAGGUGGCUUAAAUGGUGCCGAGUCGAGAGAUGCCCAAAGCUACACGUUGUCUUUCCAACUCCCCAGAAAAGUUAUAAUGUGAACAUCUAUAUCAGGUUAGAAUUAUUCUGGGCAUCCCAGCUCCCGAUGGCUUGCUACAUCUGGAACUGGAAUACAACAACUCAACCUGGUUGGCGAUCUUUUCAAAACCUAGUAUUCUUGCACCUGGACAAUUGUCCUAGGCUCAUACAUGUGCUCCCCUUGUCUAAGUAUAUGGCCACCUUGCCUAACCUGGAGACACUAGAGAUCGUGUGUUGCGGUGAUCUCAGGGAGGUCUUCCCUUUGGACCCUAAGCGCCAGGGGAAGCGAAAAAUUAUAGAAUUUCCCAAACUAAGGCGCAUUCACAUGUACGAGCUUCCCAAGCUGCAGCAUAUCUGCGGUAGCAGGAUGUCCGCGCCCAACCUGGAGACCAUCGUGGUUAGGGGAUGUUGGAGCCUCAGGCGCUUGCCGGCCGUCAGCGGCAACACCGCCAAGCGGCCGAAGGUCGAUUGCGAGAAGGACUGGUGGGACAACCUGGACUGGGAAGGGAUGGAGGCAAACCAGGACCAUUCACUAUACGAGCUGACCCACUCGAAGUACUACAAGGCCCAACUGUCGAGAGGCGCUCUACUCAGGUGAAAGGUAAUCAAUCCAUUUCAUGAGUUGAUGCUCGCGUAGGCAUGGACAUGCUGUAACAGAUAAGCUAGAAAGCUGAUGUCUUCUCUGCAGUCUAUGGUUGUGUGUGGCUUUCCUUGCUUAGUCUUGCUUGAUUGGCCUGCGUGUACCCUGCAUCCGCACUGCCAUGGUAUGUUUCUUUGCAAGUGCACCGACCACCGAUCGACCUGCACUGUCAUGGUGCGGUGGUGCAUGUGUCUUUUAGUUUGGUUUGAUUUGGAUUGGUUUGGUUUGUGGGUCAGCUUUGCUCGAUCGAUCAAGAUAUGCAUCAAAGUUUCUAUCAUCUGGUUGGAUAUAUGAUGACUGAGCAAGCAGCUUUGAGCAAGAGAGAAAUAAAUAAGAGAGCCCGUUCAGCUUGUGAAACAUGGGCACCCUGCUUUGCUCAUGCUGCUGCUGUGCUCUCCCCUGUAUGUGUUGUGGUGUGCUAUUCCUCAGCAAUGGACUUAUUGUUGUAAUAUGCUUUAUCUAUUUCUCCGACUUUGAUAUAAAUGAUGAUGAAAAUUUCUGUAUGCCAUAUAUAAUCCAUUGCUUCAGUUUUCCUUC